GAGGGCCGGGUUCUGGCGCACAGAGCGCAGCCCGUCUUGCUGGCCAGGAGCACCCUUCCCGCUCCCUUCUGCCACGGGCUCCAGCCGUGCCUGCCUCGGGGCUGCCGCCGCCUGGCUGUACUCCAGGACGCUAGAAAAGAACAGAUCCCACAUGGCUCCAGCCAUAUCCUCAGACCAUCUGGGCUAUUUUCUAUCGUGCCACACACCCUUCCCACCCGGCUACCUUGCCUGGCGGAGUCCUACUCAGGCUGCACCUAUACAGCUGUCUCAGUCCCUGUCUGAGGCUCCGGAAGCCUCCUCUGAAAGCCCUCGUCACAGCCUAGAACAGGCAAAUGUCAGAGAAGCCAGUAAGAAGACAAUUGUUUUGGCCGAGCACGGUGGCUGACGCCUGUAGUCCCAACACUUUGGGAGGACAAGGAGGACCUCAGGAGAUCAGAAGAUGAAACUGUCUUCCUGUGCAGUGCACGGAAAGAUCUACUCAAUUCACUGCCCAAUCCUCUCCUGAUGCAGAAAAAGCACCCAGUCAAGUGACUUGCAUUCUCUGCAGGACACACCGGGCGCUGCCCAUAACGUCACGGCGGCGGAGGGCGCAGGCCACUGGGUCCCCGGCGAGUGGACUGUUCGAGCCCUUCCGCUCGGACUUGGGCCCUGGCUCCGGCCCCACGAUGGGAGCUCCUCUCCACGGGCUGAGACUGUCAGCAUCCUCGACGCGCACUUGUCUCUGAAGUUGGAGAAGAGCCCCUACCCACCCACACCCCCCUUACCCCAUUUGGGUCGCCUCUGCCCCCUGGGUCCUCAGCCUUAGCGGCCACUGGGUCUCAGAAGCAGGACGAUGAUCCUGGCGUCGGUGCUGGGGAGCGGCCCCCGGGGUGGGCCUCCACUCCGGCCCCUCCUGGGGCCCGCACUGGGGAUCCGGUCCCGCUCAACGUCAGCCACCGACACACACCACGUGGAGAUGGCGCGGGAGCGCUCCAAGACCGUCACCUCCUUUUACAACCAGUCGGCCAUUGAUGCGGCAGCAGAGAAGCCCUCAGUCCGCCUCACGCCCACCAUGAUGCUCUACUCCGGCCGCUCUCAGGAUGGUAGCCACCUUCUGAAAAGCGCUCGGUACCUGCAGCAAGAACUUCCAGUGAGGAUCGCUCACCGCAUCAAGGGUUUCCGCUGCCUUCCUUUCAUCAUUGGCUGCAACCCCACAAUACUAUACGUGCAUGAGCUGUACAUCCGUGCCUUCCAGAAGCUGACGGACUUCCCUCUGAUCAAGGACCAGGCGGAAGAGGCUCAGUACUGCCAGCUGGUGCGACAGCUGCUGGAUGACCACAAGGAUGUGGUGACCCUCUUGGCAGAGGGCCUGCGUGAGAGCCGGAAGCACAUACAGGAUGAAAAGCUUGUCCGCUACUUCUUGGACAAGACACUGACUUCGAGGCUUGGAAUCCGCAUGUUGGCCACACAUCACCUGGCACUGCACGAGGACAAGCCUGACUUUGUUGGCAUCAUCUGUACUCGUCUCUCACCAAAGAAGAUUAUUGAGAAGUGGGUGGACUUUGCCAGACGCCUGUGUGAGCACAAGUAUGGCAAUGCGCCCCGUGUCCGCAUCAAUGGCCACGUGGCUGCCCGUUUCCCCUUCAUCCCUAUGCCACUGGACUAUAUCCUGCCGGAGCUGCUCAAGAAUGCCAUGAGAGCCACAAUGGAGAGUCACCUAGACACUCCCUACAAUGUUCCAGAUGUGGUCAUCACCAUCGCCAACAAUGAUGUUGAUCUAAUCAUCAGGAUCUCAGACCGUGGUGGAGGAAUUGCUCACAAAGACCUGGACCGGGUCAUGGACUACCACUUCACUACAGCUGAGGCCAGCACGCAGGACCCCCGGAUCAGCCCCCUUUUUGGCCAUCUGGACAUGCACAGUGGUGCCCAGUCAGGACCCAUGCACGGCUUUGGCUUCGGGUUGCCCACGUCACGGGCCUACGCGGAGUACCUCGGUGGGUCCCUGCAGCUGCAGUCUCUGCAGGGCAUUGGCACGGACGUCUACCUGCGGCUCCGCCACAUUGAUGGCCGGGAGGAAAGCUUCCGAAUAUGACUCCACAGCCUUUUGCCUGCUCGCCUGCCCAGCCUGGGCUGCAUUUUCUGCAGUACCUCCCGGGUCAGGCAGGGCAGCUCCCCUGCUCCACACACUGCUGUAUCUUGGGUCUCAGGGCCCCAGACAGAUGGACUUUCAUGGAGCUGGGCACCGCCCCGCCUCAACAGGGUCCACUGCCUCCUUGCCUCCAGGCCUUGGAUGGGGGAAGUGGGCGCUCCAAGGCCUCCAGCACCAGCUCCCUCAUUCUCGUUCCUGGGGAACCCCUACUCUGACCUGUUGUUAUUAAAGUUCACAUUUUGAAUGCCC